CUCUUGAUUCUUUUGAAAGCACUUUCAUGUAAUAAGGAACAGAGGGGUAAAGGAAGGAAUAGAAAUAAAUGCAAGGAAUAUUAAAGCAGUGCAGAGAGAGAGGAAAAAAGAAAAAAAAACAACAAAGGACAAAAGAAAGGCAAAGCAAAAAAGCCAAGAACAAAAAAAGGAGAAUUUUCUAAUAACUUGGAAUAGUUGGCUAAAUUACACAUUAGGUAGUACUAAAUAGUUAUUUACAACACUGGGGACCUUUUCACAGGCAGAGUAUGCUGACGAUAGAGCACCGCAUGUUUCACUUGUUUUCUACCAGCUAGUGAGGGAGGCAGUGACCUGGGUUCUCCAACACUUUCUCCCGUGUUCAUUCACUAGGAUUUAUAUUGGUACUAGUGUGGCUAACUGCACUCCAGAUGUUCUAUGUGCAUCAUCAAAAAUACAAAGUUCUGAGUGAUAUUGAACUUUAGUCAUUUAUUUCAGUGACUUCACCAAAGCUGUGUGAGGCUUGUUGCAGAAAGCACUACUAAUUUUUGUUCUUUUUUGUAAAGUUCAGAACAUUUCUGAACCUUUGACACAUUGAGACCUGUGGUAGGUUUCAUAUUAUCGUCAAUAAUGCUGAAUGUAAUAACUUACGAAGAAGUUUCAAGAUGAAGACAUCCCAACUAUGUUCCAGAACUGAAAAAAUGCGGAUAGGAAACUUCUGCUAGUCACAUGUCAGAGGCCACAGCAGGUCUUCAAGUGACCUUUAUUCCUGCUUUGGAGGGAUGAGCUGUGUAUUUUAAAUGACACUGAGGCAAGAGGGCCUCCAGCAGCAUUCCUGAGAUGGCAAGCUUCUCUCACUCUGCGCUCUGUUUUGUUCCGGAAUCAUAUUCAUUAACUGAAGGGCCGAUGACCCAAACUGAAAUGUCAGGAUUAGCGAAAACAUUUUUUUUGAGUGAGUAAUCACAAUAGUCAUGUUUAUUUGGGUUUAAAACUAAAUUACUGCUUUCUGAAUAUGGAGGCGUAGAAGGCACAGAAAAGCUUAUUUUGUCCAGCAUCCUGAGCCUACAGACACGAAGCCAUCUGCAGCACGAUCUCGUUAUGUUGUCAAGUCACCUUCUUCAUUCACCUGUAGUGUCUUGAGAAAUGUGAAGGUCUUCAAGUAUUUCAGCCAGAUUAAUUUGAGGUGCUCCUUCAUCAUCUGCUUCACUUUCCACAGGGAUGGUUGAAUCUCUAAUGCCAGUUGGCCUUUGAGUGGAUAAUCGCUGCAGCGAGAGCAGUGACGCUGGAAACAACUAUUGCCUGUUUGAAUUACUUGAGACACCACCAUGAAAAGAAAUACUUGCGAUUUGCUUUCUCGGAGCAAAAGUGCCUCUGAGGAAACACUGCAUUCCAGUAAGGAGGAGGAAGACCCUUUCCGCGGCAUGGAACCCUAUCUUGUACGGAGACUUUCCUGCCGCAACGUUCAGCUGCCCCCUCUUGCCUUCAGACAGUUGGAACAAGCUGACUUGAAAAGUGAAUCAGAGAACAUUCAAAGACCGACCAGCCUCCCCCUGAAGAUUCUGCCACUGAUUGCUAUCACUUCCGCAGACUCCACUGGGAAUCUGGAAAUGCCCAUGGAUACAAGACAUGCUAAUAGAGAACCAGGUACUGAAACUGCAGAGAACACCAAUUUUGAGCAAAAGCCUUGCAGUAGGCAGUGUGGAUUGUAACCCUAGCUUUACUCAUGCUUCCUAUGUAAACUUGG